AAAUCUCGGCACUAACUCUUUAAGGAUAAAUGAACAAAUUAAUAAAAAGAAUGGCUCCUAGAUUGAACAACAAGAAUACCAUUGUUGUUGUAGCUGUUCUAGUGCUGGAGAUUUGGGCUUGCUACGAGGCCAGGCGCUUAGACGGCGACGAGGAGAUGAUGAAAACAUACGAGCAGUGGAUAGUUGAAUAUGGACGAGUGUAUGCAAAUCAAACAGAAAAGAUGAAACGAUUCAGUAUAUUCAAAGACAAUGUGGAGUAUAUUAACUCUUUUAAUCAAGCCGGAAACCAGAGUUUCACCUUAGGAAUCAACCAAUUCACCGAUUUAACUAUUGACGAAUUUCAAUCAAGAAUAGCAUGCUUGAUGCCGGACGAUCAGCCGGCCGGGACAACUCCAUUUAUGUACCAGAACGUGAGCGCUCCCCCCGCCAUGGACUGGGUGAAAAGUGGCGCUGUUACAGGCGUCAAGAAUCAAGCCAAUUGUGGAAGCUGUUGGGCAUUUUCCGCGGUGGCGGCAAUGGAGGGGAUCACCAAGAUAUCCACCAAAAAACUAAUUUCUUUAUCGGAACAACAACUGGUGGACUGCGACAAAGGCAGCGGCGGCUGCAACGGCGGAUACAUGAAUUCCGCAUUCAAAUAUGUCGCCGGCAACAAAGGCAUAACUACCGAAGCCAGUUACCCAUACACGGCAAAGCGAGGCGCCUGCGACCCGAAAAAGGCAUCCGCAAGUGCAGCUAAGAUCGGCGGAUUCCAAGCCGUCCCGCCCAAAAGCGAGGCGGACCUUAUGAAAGCGGUGGCGAAGCAGCCGGUGUCUGUGGCGGUUAACGCCGGCGAAAAGCUAUUUAUGAUGUACAAAAGUGGAGUUUUGACCUCAGGGUGUACGACCAAAGUUAACCACGGCGUGACCGCCGUUGGGUACGGCGCGAUGGGCGGGAAAAAGUUUUGGCUCAUAAAGAACUCGUGGGGACCAAGUUGGGGAGACAAGGGAUAUAUAAGGUUGGAAAAGGAUAUUGCUGCUAAGGAAGGACUUUGUGGCAUUGCCCUAGGAGCUUCUUACCCAACUGUAUGACAUUAAAGUCACCCCAAUAAAAUAAGGCAAUCACAACAUGCAUGAUGACUUAUAGGAAAUCAUCAUUAAACAUUGUAAAUCAAAUUAAGUGUGCUUAACAAUCAUCAUCAUAAUCCCAUCUGCACAACUAUUAAUUAGCCUUUUAUCAGGUCAUUUUAGAACUUUUGAUGUUAUCUUCCUAAUAAUAUAUACACUUUGAAUCAA